UAAAGUUUGCCUUCAAAUUGCUGUAAAUUCCUUAAGCCUUCCCGUAGAGGUUUUUGAAUAAUGUGACACCACUUACAUCUUCUGUGGGAAUAUAGAAAAAUGUAUUUGUGUUUGUACUGGGUAGUUGAUAGGAAGGGAAGUAAAAAACUGGGAGAUCUAUUUGAUUAAAUAGUGGCUAGAAACAGAUUUCUUUGCUGUGGAGCUACUUUGGAAUAAGGGUGUGCUCACUCACUCUGUCUCUCACAUUUUUCUUCAUUGAGGUGCAGUUCAGCUGAGAUUGAAUUCCCCUUUGGCUGUUUAUAAACUGUGAAAGAGAAUAAUGCAGAAGACUGUCCCUUGCCCAUUUGUACAUAAGUGAUAAGAGCACAAGAUUGUUGCUACAGGUUUGCUGCAAAGAUGAGUUCAGAGGAGAAGAUUAUAUCUCCAGCUCACAAAACGUCUACUCCAUCACAUAGAAGUGCCUCCUCUUCAUCAUCAUCUCAGAGGGAUAGGAGGCAGAGUGUUCAUAUUUUGGAGCGGAAGGCUUCUUCAGGAAGCACAGACCCUUCAUUAAGCAAGCAAUUCCUUGAAAGUGACCCUAUAUCUCUAUGCAAGGAACCUGACAGCUGGGAAAUCAUAGAAGGUCUGAAAAUUGGCCAGACCAAUGUCCACAAGCCAGACAAGCAUGAAGGUUUCAUGCUGAAAAAGAGAAAAUGGCCUCUAAAGGGUUGGCACAAGAGGUUUUUUGUCCUGGAUAAUGGGAUGCUGAAAUACUCAAAGUCUCCAAUUGAUAUACAGAAAGGCAAAGUCCAUGGGAGCAUUGAUGUUGGUUUAUCAGUUAUGUCCAUAAAAAAGAAGGCUCGUAGAAUAGAUCUUGACACAGAAGAACACAUCUAUCAUCUGAAGGUGAAGUCCCAGGAUUCAUUUGAUGCAUGGGUUUCAAAAUUACGCCACCACCGGUUGUACCGUCAGAAUGAGAUCGUGAGAUCUCCCAGAGAUGCCAGCUUUCAUAUAUUCCCUUCAGCCUCUACUACGGAGUCUUCGCCAGCUGCUAAUGUGUCGGAAGGAAAGGUGCAACAAAAUAGCUUAUCCUGGCAGUCUCCUAUACCUUGCAGUAACAGCCUUCCUGCCACCUGCACUACUGGUCAGAGUAAAGUAGCAGCCUGGCUGCAGGACUCUGAAGAGAUGGACAGAUGUGCAGAAGAUCUUGCUCAUUGUCAGGCAAACCUUGUGGAACUCAGUAAGCUUCUUCAAAAUUUAGAAAUACUACAGAGAACUCAGUCAGCCCCAAACUUCACAGACAUGCAGGCUAACUGUGUAGAUAUUUCAAAGAAAGACAAGCGGGUCACAAGACGAUGGAGAACAAAAAGUGUCAGCAAAGAUGCAAAAAUUCAACUUCAGGUCCCUUUCAGUGCUACAAUGUCACCUGUUAGACUGCAUUCAUCGAAUCCAAACCUUUGUGCAGACAUUGAGUUUCAGACUCCCCCAGGCCAUGUAACAGACCCUCUGGAGUGCUCUACUGAGUACAUGAAGCUUCAAGAAGAAUUCUGCUUGAUGGCACAAAAAGUGCAUUCUCUUUUGAAGUCUGCCUUUAACAGCAUAGCUAUAGAGAAGGAGAAGCUUAAGCAGAUUGUUUCAGAGCAGGAUCUUGCAGGCCACAAUGCUCAAGUAGCACACCUCAGACAGUCACUCUCUCAGGCUCUCCACCAGAAUGCUGAACUAAGGAGUCGCUUGAACAGAAUACAUUCAGAAUCUGUUAUUUGUGAUCAGGUUGUCAGUGUAAAUAUUAUCCCUAGUCCUGACGAGACAGGUGAACAAAUUCAUGUCAGCUUGCCACUGUCUCAGCAAGUUUCUAAUGAGAGCAGGCUCUCUAUGUCUGAAUCUGUUUCAGAGUUCUUUGAUGCACAGGAAGUGCUUCUAUCUGCCAGCUCAUCAGAAAAUGAGGCUUCUGAUGAUGAAUCCUAUAUCAGUGAUGUGAGUGAUAAUAUAUCUGAGGACAACACCAGUGUUGCAGACAACAUUUCUCGGCAAAUUCUUAAUGGUGAGCUAACAGGAGGUGCAUUCAGGAAUGGACGGAGAACUUGUCUUCCAGCUCCCAGCCCUGACACCAGUAACAUCAAUCUGUGGAAUAUUUUGAGAAAUAACAUUGGUAAAGAUCUUUCCAAAGUAUCUAUGCCAGUUGAACUAAAUGAACCUCUGAAUACCUUGCAACAUCUUUGUGAAGAGCUCGAAUACAGUGAACUCUUGGACAAGGCAGCUGAAACAGAUGAUCCUUAUGAACGCAUGGUUCUCAUAGCUGCUUUUGCAGCAUCAGGCUAUGCCUCUACAUACUUUAGAGCAGGAAGCAAGCCAUUUAACCCAGUGCUUGGUGAAACUUAUGAAUGUAUUAGAGAAGACAAAGGAUUUCGUUUUUUCUCAGAGCAGGUUAGCCACCAUCCUCCCAUUUCGGCCUGUCACUGUGAAUCGAAGAACUUUGUGUUUUGGCAAGAUAUCAGGUGGAAAAACAAAUUCUGGGGGAAAUCAAUGGAAAUUCUUCCAGUUGGAACCUUGAAUGUCACACUUCCAAAGUAUGGAGACUACUAUGUCUGGAACAAAGUCACUACUUGCAUACAUAAUAUUCUUAGUGGAAGGAGGUGGAUAGAACACUAUGGAGAGAUAACUAUCAGAAACACAAAAAGCAGUGUCUGUAUUUGUAAACUCACAUUUGUCAAGGUGAACUACUGGAAUUCAAAUGUAAAUGAGGUCCAGGGUGUUGUGAUGGAUCAAGAAGGAAAGGUGGUUCAUCGCCUUUUUGGAAAGUGGCAUGAAGGUCUUUAUUGUGGGGUUGCCCCUUCAGCCAAAUGCAUAUGGAGACCAGGUUCCAUGCCAACCAAUUAUGAACGUUAUUAUGGCUUCACGAGGUUUGCCAUUGAGCUCAAUGAAUUAGAUCCUUUACUGAAAGAUCUUCUUCCUGCAACAGACGCACGAUUCAGGCCAGAUCAAAGGCUUCUGGAGGAAGGAAAUAUAGAAGCAGCAGCAUCUGAGAAACUAAGAAUAGAGGAACUCCAGAGAAGUCGGAGGCGGUACAUGGAGGAAAACGGCAUUGAAUAUGUACCCAAAUUUUUUAAAAAAGUUAUUGAUGCUAAUCAAAGAGAAGCCUGGGUUACUAAUGACACCUACUGGGAACUGCGAAAGGAUCCUGGCUUUAGUAAAGUAGAUAUUCCCAUACUCUGGUAAACUGAGAAUGUAGAUCUAGUAAACAUAUCACUCUGAAGAAAAAAAUUACUAUGCACAAUAUGUUUCUUAUAGCUAAGCGUGGUUUGUGGGUCUACAGAAAAACCUAUCAUUCGCAUUUAUAUUCAUCUUUAUAAUGGACUUUUGAAAGUGCAUUAGACCAGGCCCCUGACCACUUCUGGAUGUUUUUAAUUUUGCAGCAGCCAUAACAAAAAACAAAAAAACAAACAAAAAAAAAAAAAAAGAGGAAGAAAGAAACAGAAGCCUUUUAAUGUUUCAUACUCUGAAAAUUCAGAACUAAAGAAGCAGAUGAGUUAUCCAAAGUCGCUUGGAAGAGGUGGUAAAUGCAAAACUGCAACCGGUGCUUUAAACAGACAUUAAGAGUCAACAUAACUCAAAUUAAAGGAAAAAAAAAAGAAGAAAAAGAGUAAAAAAAAAAAAAAGUCCAUUUUGUUUCAACUGUUUUUGUUAAAAACUCUUCAGUCACAGCACUGUCAUUUCCAGCUUCAGGUUAGUCCUUUGGUAUGAUGUGCUUGGGCUGGCCUUUGUCAAGAAUAUAUGCUUUUCUGGAAGCUGUUCCCAUUCAUAUGCCAUUGUUCAUGCCUUAAACAAUAUGAAGAUGUACAGUAAGUAAUUUUAAAAUAUGUAUGCUUAGACUUGUGUGAAGGGCAGAUUUUUAAAGCAGUAGACAACCUUCAUUAUUUAAAAUCUAAAAACAACCAAACAUCUAACUGUGUUUCAGAGGAUUGAGAUCCACUGUACAUGCUUUAGCUUUGAGAAGCUGACUGUAUAAUCAGACUGAAAAGAAAUUGCUAACUGAUUGAAUUUGAGUCAAUUUUGGUGAAUGCAUAUGAAAGUUCAUAUUCUGAAUAACUGCUGCUGAGAUGAAAGCAUCUCUUUUACCACUGGCUGGCCAUGAAU